CUUGGCCCACGCCUCAGCUUCCUCGUCGUCGAGCCAUCGGGGACGACUGCUCCGCGGCACCCUCGGUCCACAGCGACCCGGAGCUUCCUCCACGCGCGCCGCCGAGGACUGCAGACGCCACGUCUUCGCCGGGAAGACCGUCCUGCACCGCCCAGCGUCACCGACAACCCCGCCAGCGGCCGCGACCUGCGUCCCGCGUCCGCAUCGUGCUGGAGCCGGCGUCCUGCCCGCGAACCGCACAACAACACCGAGCAGAACUGGACGGCGGCGGCGGAGACGACGAUGCAGUGGUACUUGGUGGCCGCGCUCCUCACCGUCCUCACCAGCUCCCAGGGAAUAUUGACCACCCUUUCCCAGAGCAAUGGCAAAUACAAGUAUGAUUAUGCCACAAUUCCUUUUUUAGCUGAGCUCUUCAAGUUAUCUGUCUCAGGUUUCUUCCUCUGGAAGGAAUGCCAUUCUUCAUCUCCACCAAGGAUGACAAAGGAAUGGAGGAGCGUGCAACUAUAUGUUGUUCCUUCAGUCAUAUACCUCAUCCACAACAAUGUCCAGUUUGCGACAUUGACCUAUGUUGACCCAUCUACCUAUCAGAUAAUGGGAAACCUGAAAAUUGUCACGACUGGGAUUUUGUUUAGGCUUGUCCUAAAAAGGAAGUUGUCCAAUCUACAAUGGAUGGCAAUUGUUUUAUUGGCUGUUGGUACAACUGCAAGCCAGGUGAAAGGAUGUGGAUAUGCACCAUGUGAUUCUCUUUUCUCAGCACCAUUGCAGGGUUACAUGCUUGGGAUACUUUCUGCUUGUCUUUCAGCUCUAGCUGGUGUGUACACAGAAUACUUGAUGAAGAAGAAUAAUGAUAGUUUGUACUGGCAAAACGCACAAUUAUAUACGUUUGGAGUUAUAUUUAACAUGGGCUGGCUAAUUUAUGGUGAUUUUAAAGCUGGAUUUGAGCUGGGUCCAUGGUGGCAGCGCCUUUUUAAUGGUUACUCGAUCACAACAUGGAUGGUAGUGUUCAAUUUGGGAUCUACUGGUCUUCUAGUAUCAUGGUUGAUGAAAUAUUCUGACAAUAUAGUCAAGGUGUACUCAACUUCAAUGGCAAUGCUUUUGACCAUGGUUUUAUCUAUAUAUCUUUUCAGUGUGAAAGCUACAAUUCAGCUCUUCCUGGGCAUUAUCAUUUGUAUAAUUUCCCUGCAGAUGUAUUUUAUGCCUGUGCACAUGCUUGUUGAAUUGCCACAAACUUUGCCUGUAACAUCAAAGUAGGUUCAUGGCAUUGUUAGCUAACCCAUUGAUCAGGAGGGGGUAGUUCACUGUUGAUUGAAGGGUUAAUGACUAUCAGCUGCCCAGCUCUAUUUGAGUCAUCUGUUUGGAAAUUUAUGGUUGUAAUCUCAACAGCUGUGGAGCUAGGUUAGUUUCAUGUUGCAGAAAAGGUGAAUCAACUGUCAAGUGAGCAUGUAAUGGCAAUACCAAUGGACUGAAAGUUGACACGUACAAGCUUUCCAAUUUUUAUCCAGGUAAAAGAUGGAGGCUGAUUGGUCUUGUUGUUUAGGGAAAGGAAAUCCAUGCACAUGCAAAUUUUCUUCAAAUAGAGCAAAACUAGUCAUUCACCUUGUAUCCACAAUUUUGCAUUAGUGGAAUUGAUACAGAACUGACGACUACAAUGAAUGAGUUAUGGCUUCAUUACAAAAAGGUACAAUAUUUUGCUCCCUGCGGCAGGAGUCUUAUUCUUUCUUAUAUUUUAUCAUGUAGUUAUCUUUUCAGGAGAUUGAAGCUGGACUAAGUGCUCAUUGGGCAAAUCCUCAGUCAUACUGAUUUUUUUGUCAUCAUCAGUUAGAAAUGGCUUCCCAUUCUAGCAUCUGUUAUUUCUUUAGUUAAAAGAAAGCACAACGCUGUUAUUGUGAUUAAUUUUACGAAAACCAAAGCAUUGUUAAAUUACACAUGUACCUAAGAAACACAUGUACAUAAUGUGUCACCUUUAACCAACCCUUGAUCUGAGGCAUAUGCAUUGUAAUUUAUGAGAUACAUUCCAUGACAUGCGAAUAAAGCCCCCAUCAGGGAUUAUGGAAGUCUUUGCAAAAUGUAUACAUAAAUAAUCAAAUAUGCAUAUUAGAUAAUGGUUUUAUUGCAUUUGUGGAGCGCAAUUUUAUUGGCUUCUCACUAUUUGUUCGCUCUAGCCUUCUGAAAUCUAUCUAUUGAACAGUGUGCAGUGUGCCUGCUCUGAGAUUCAAAUUCAAUUACUCCAUUUUAGGCUCUACAAUAAGAGCUUGCUUCA